AUGGAAAGAGGAAGGAGUCCUACAGUUGGGGCCAAAGAGCUUACUACUUCAACACUGCCGAGGAAAUCCAAGAAAAGAGAAAUGGAAAGAGGAAGAGUCCCGACCAACUUCACUGAUCUGGUGUUGGAGAGGAUUCGGGUUCUAGAAUUACACUUGAGCAUGAGCCGACCAGCGAAGCUCCUGUUGAAAUCAGACCAAUCGAGCCACCAACUAGCGAGCCAACAGACACUGAGCCAACGCUGCCUUUAUCCCAUAAUACGGCAAGAUUUGAUUAGUCCCCUAUCAAGGAAGAGUCACAGGUAG